ACACAUAAAAGAGUAGUCUUCCAUAUAGCUUAAGCUAAUUUCAAGAUUAUCAUAACAUUUAGUGUGUAUUCAAUAAUGGGAAGAGAAAUUGUGAAAGCAGAAUCAGUUGAGGAGACAAACUUUAACUGGUCAUCAGAUUCAUCAUCCUCAACAUCCUCUUAUGAUGAAGAAAACAGGAUGCCUUUGUUGGCAUUGAAUCAUGUUUCCUAUGUCUGCAAAUCUGUUCCUAAAUCUGCCCAAUUUUAUGAACAAGUCCUUGGUUUUGUACUCAUCAAACGACCAUCAUCCUUUGACUUUGAUGGUGCUUGGUUAUUCAACCAUGGAAUUGGAAUCCAUUUAUUAGGAAAAGAAGAUGUGCAAUCAAAGAGUGGAAAAAUAAAUCCAAAAGAUAAUCACAUUUCAUUUCAAUGUACAGAUAUGGAUCUUAUUAUUCAGAGAUUGAAUGAUAUGAAUGUAGAAUAUGUAACUGCUACUGUUAAAGAAGGCGGAGUUACAGUAGAUCAACUUUUCUUUCAUGACCCAGAUGGCAACAUGAUUGAAAUUUGCAAUUGCCAAAAUUUACCUGUUCUUCCACUUUCCUCUUGCCCACUCAAAAAGAUGUCAAGUCCAACUUUCAACCAAACAAUGUCAGAUUCCUUUUAUGGAAAUGGAAAAACAAAGACAAAGAUGAAUUGUGCUGGAGAAGUUGAAUCUCUUAUGAUGGAAAAUUUAGCUUUGGAUAUGAUAGACAUUUCUUUUUGAGUGAUCUAUGUGGAAGAAAAAAAAAGAGUGAUUUUUGCUCAUUAUUAGCCCCCUUUUUUUUACCAACCCAAAUAUACCAUAAAAAUUCCUUUUUGUAAUAUUAUUAUUAUUAUGUAUUAGUAUGUGUAGAGAGGUGUGAUGAAGAGCAUGUAUUAUUAUAAAUAUAAUGUAAAAUUGAGAUUAUGUUAAUGCAUGAUUGUUGCUACCCA